AAACAUUUUACAAUUUUAAAUGGAUAAAUCUCAAAAAGCUCAUACUCCAUGUCUCUGAAUCAGCAAUCUUUGUGGCGAAGAAACCAUUGCAUUUCAUCUUCGUAUCUUUCUUCUCCUUCUUCACCGAUCAUUUUGUCUCUCCUAUAAUUCCGCACUGUGAAUGUGAGCUUUGCUACUAUGGCGGCCAAGCUCCAUACCUGUUUUUUAAGCCAUGGAUUGAUCGGAGUUAACGCUAAACACUUUAAUAUCUAUUCUGCUGAUGUUUCUCGUCAUUCUCAUCGAUUGCCUCCUGCUUCUUGCCGAAUUCAGCGUAAAUCGAGUCCUCAAAAUAAAAAGCGGCAGGUGAAGAAAGCUUCUUCUAAGAAGAUACGUAUAGAUGCGAACCUGCAGCCAAAUCACAAAUCAAAUGCGGAAUUUGAAAAUACUUCAAUCAAUGGCUUCUCAAGCCCAGAACAAGAGAAUAUACUCAAGAAUGAUGUUGAAAGCAGUAUGACAUCUAAACAGAACAAUGAGAAUAGUUUGGAUGACUUGGCAAAGUUAGAUGAUACUGUCUUCUUGUUGCCACCACCACGGAACGGUGGAAGCAUCGUGUUACACAGUAAUGAUGUCAGUGGUGAUCCUAAGCCUUUGUCCAUGAACCUGAUUGGUGAAGAGCAGAUCUCGUCUCUUCACUUUGAGGAUUUGAUCAACAUGAUAAGAAAUGCUGAGAAAAAUGUUCUCCUUCUCAAUCAAGCCCGAAUCCGAGCACUUGAAGAUCUGGAGAAGAUUCUCCUGGAGAAGGAAGCACUACAACGAGAAAUCAAUAAUUUGGAGUUGAAACUCGCUGAAACUGAUGCAAGGAUCAAAGUGGUUACCCAGGAUAAGAUACAUGUUGAACUCCUUCAAGAUCAGUUGGAGAAAAUAAGGAAAGAAUUUUCUAAGAGAAGUGAUGCCGAGGGUGCAUUUGAAAUUUCUGACGUGGAAGAUGUACAGUCAUUGGACAGUGAUUUUUAUAGUCCAAGCAAGGAGCUUAGUGCACUUAAGGCUGAAAAUGCGUCGUUGAAUGAUGAUAUAAAGGCUCUUAGAGCUGAACUAAGUAGUGUUAGCGUACCAAAUGGACAAGUGACUUCAUUGGAGAAAGAGCGCUUGGAUUUGCAAUCUAUUGUGAAGGACUUGGAGUCAAAGCUUGCAGCAUCUGAGGAGAAUGUAACUGAACUUUCAACUCUCAAAAAUGAAUACAAUAGUUUGUGUGAGAAGGUGCAGAAUUUGCAAAUUCUGCUUGAUACUGCCACCAAUCAAGCUGGCCAAGCUAUACCCGUCUUGCAGCAAAACCAGGAACUUCGAAAAAAGGUUGAGAGUUUGGAAGAAUCUCUUGCUGAAGCAAACUUCUAUAAGCUAUCGUCAGAGAAGAUGCAACAAUACAAUGAAUUGAUGCAGCAGAAAAUUAAGGUGUUGGAGGAGCGUCUUGAAAGGUCUGAUGAAGAGAUAAGCUCUUAUGUUCAGAUGUAUCAAGAAUCAAUGAAGGAAUUCCAAGAUACACUUAAUAAUCUGAAACCAGAGAGUGAGAGAGCUGUUGAUGGACCUGUUGAUGAUAUACCCUGGGAAUUUUGGAGUCAAAUGCUGCUAAUGAUUGAUGGUUGGUUACUUGAGAAAAAGUUAACAUCAAAUGACGCAAAGAUCUUGAGAGAAAUGGUGUGGAAGAGAGAACGGUGUAUCUAUGAUGCAUACUUGGAAUGUAAGGAAAAGACUGAACGUGAAAUGUUGGUUACAUUUUUGAGUCUGACAGCUGCACCUACACAGCCUGCAUUACAUGUUAUUCACAUUGCAGCAGAGAUGGCACCAGUUGCAAAGGUUGGAGGACUUGGAGACGUGGUGACUGGUCUCAGUAAAGCACUUCAGAAAAAAGGACACCUGGUGGAAAUAGUUCUUCCUAAGUAUGAUUGUAUGCAGUAUGAUCUCAUUCAAAACUUACGGGCUUUGGACAUUGAAGUAGAGUCAUAUUUUGAUGGACAUCUAUUCAAGAAUAAGAUUUGGAUUGGCACAGUUGAAGGUCUUCCUGUGUAUUUCAUUGAGCCUUAUCACCCAGAUAAAUACUUCUGGAGAGGACAAUAUUAUGGGGAGAAUGAUGACUUCAAGAGGUUUUCGUUUUUCAGUCGUGCUGCACUAGAGUUGCUUCUUCAAGCCGGGAAGAAACCAGAUAUAAUACACUGCCAUGAUUGGCAGACAGCUUUUGUUGCACCAUUGUAUUGGGAUCUUUAUGCACCGAAGGGACUAAAUUCAGCAAGAAUUUGUUUCACAUGCCACAACUUUGAAUAUCAAGGUUCUGCUCCAGCUCCAGAACUGUCUUCUUGUGGUCUUGAUGUUUACCAGCUCAAUCGGCCAGACAGGAUGCAGGACAAUUUUGCUGAUGAUAGGAUUAAUGCCGUCAAGGGCGCAGUUGUGUUCUCCAACAUUGUAACAACAGUAUCUCCCACUUAUGCACAGGAGGUUCGGACGCCUGAGGGUGGAAGAGGCCUUCACACAACGCUUAAUACUCACUCUAAAAAGUUCAUAGGAAUUCUUAAUGGGAUUGAUACUGAUACAUGGAAUCCUUCAAUCGAUUCACAUAUUGAGGUUCAAUACAAUGCAAAUGAUCUUCAGGGAAAAGCAGCAAAUAAGCAAGCACUAAGAACGCAGCUUGGACUGCUUCAUUCAGAUUCUGUGCAGCCAUUGAUUGGUUGCAUAACAAGGCUGGUUCCACAAAAGGGAGUGCACCUAAUAAGACACGCCAUAUAUCGGACAAUAGAGCUUGGAGGACAAUUUGUGCUUCUUGGUUCCAGUCCUGUGCAUCAUAUUCAGAGAGAAUUUGAGGACAUUGCGAGCCAGUUUCAGAAUCAUGAUAGUGUCCGGCUAAUACUGAAGUAUGAUGAGUCACUCUCUCGUUCUAUAUAUGCAGCAUCUGAUAUAUUCAUCAUCCCAUCAAUAUUUGAGCCAUGUGGACUGACACAGAUGAUAGCAAUGAGAUAUGGUGCCAUACCCAUUGCAAGAAAGACCGGUGGCUUGAAUGACAGUGUUUUUGAUGUUGAUGAUGAGGCAAUACCACCUCAGUUCAGGAAUGGAUUUACAUUCUUAUCACCUGAUGAACAGGGAUUUAACAGUGCUCUUGAUCGUGCAAUACAGUACUACAAAAACGAUAGGGAGAGUUGGGAACAGCUUGUUCAGAAGGUAAUGAGUAUAGAUUUUAGCUGGGAUUCUUCAGCCGAGCAGUAUGAAGAACUUUAUGCGAAGUCAGUUGCAAGAGCUAGGGCUGCAAAACGUACUUAAUCUUCUUAAGUCACAGUUGAUACUAGGAAGUACUGUUGCGAGGAGGAAAUUUUUACCAUGCAAUGCCGUCAAUGAUGAUUUCUACUACAUCACUUACCCAGGGACAUGCAUGCAGAUAAGUUGUGUUAAGGUCACAGCCCUUUGGGUCAUAUUUGAGAAUGGUAUCUGAGAUGGUUUCCGCAAUCCUAGCAAAUCACAGGGCAUUACUUGAUGAAGAUGAUAUUCCUAGCAAAUCACAGGGCAUUGCUUAGAUGAAGAUGGUAUUCCAAAAAGCACGUCUUAUCAAAGCGCUGUUCUGUUAGCUGAUUGAUGCCUUCCUUAUCUUACGGAGGAAUGUUUGUGUUGCACUUGUACAGAUUUGUAUACGCGAUAUGUAGAGAACUAGUUUUGCGUUUUCUUUCAGGAGGCAGGCACGUUCAUUUUGUAUAGCACAUUGUAUAUAACACUUAUAUAUUAAGGAAGGAUAGAAGUUUGAUCUUACUGUGUUAAA